GGGCGUGGACGAAUUCCAGAGUCCGCACUGUGUUUACUUCCGUCAAUAUUUCCUCCAGCACAGUAGGCAGAGGCUGAGACGAUACAUCAAAGCAGUCGCUUAAGGUGUUUGGAGUUGCAGAGACCAUCUCUGCUCUCAUUCUACCCCAGCUAAAAUGCCUUUCUUGGGCAAGGACUGGAGGUCACCAGGAUUGAGCUGGACAAAGACAGAGCAUGGCUGGAAGAGGAUUGUCUUCUAUGGACACGAGUUGGAAGAUAACAACAGAGAGAUAGACUUGAAAGAGGUCUGCAGUGACAACAAAGAGAAUCUGUGUGUUGGAGAUGUGUGUGAGCUCGCCACCACAAAGAGGAAAAAGGACCUCUACAACAAUAACACCAAGUCUCAGUUUGUUUUCACGGAUAAAUGGAUCUACGUGCAGAAAGGGAGCACGAAAGAACGACACGGAUACUGCACGCUUGGUGAAGCCCUCAACCGUCUAGACUUUUCCAGUGCCAUUCAGGACUUGAGAAGAUUCAACUAUGUCGCAAAACUUUUCCAGCUAAUAGCCAGGUCUCAGCUGACCUCUUUGAGUGGAGCUGCACAGAAAAACUAUUUCAAUAUACUGGAGAAGAUUGUACGGAAAGUUCUAGAUGACUACUACAACCCACGCCUUGUCAAGGAUUUGCUGCAGGACCUGAGCUCGACACUGCACAAUCUGGCUAUCCAUGUCGGCAGGUGCGUCCUCGUGGGCAACGUCAACAUCUGGUUGUGCCGACUCGAGACCAUUCACAAAUGGGAGCAGCAGCUCAACAACCUGCAGAUCCCCAAGCAAAUUUGCAAUGGCAUCUCAUUCAACGACUUGCCGCUACACAUGCAAAACAAGAUCCUGUGCAAGUUAUCUGAUGCCUAUGACAUCAUUAACCUGGGGCAGGCCACGCCUACUCUGUACAGCCUCAGUGAGAGUAGCAUACCGUGGAAGAAACUCUGCCACUUUCACUUCUCAGACAAACAGUUCUGCAGGAAUUUGGUCCUAUCCAAGAGUGAUAAUGUGGACUGGAAGCUAAUGUACUUCACCCUGAAGAAACAUUAUCCAACAAAGGAGCAGUACGGCGACACCUUGCACUUCUGCAAACACUGUAGUAUCCUCUUCUGGAAGGAUCGCCACCUGGCUUUGUUAUUCAAGGACUGUGGCCAUCCGUGCACAGCCAUCAAUCCAGACAGCUGCCUCAUGCCCAUUUCUCCGCAGCACUUUAUCGACCUCUUCCAGUUCUAAACCCUCCACGUUGCUCUUCAAGCGAAGCGUCCAUUUACUCUCACUCCCAAACCGGAGUGUGUACGAGACCUUUAUGUGGUUUACCCAAAUACAAAGGGCUUCAUUUCCUUACUCACAAGUGUUUCCUUAAGAUAUAGGAAAUAUUAAAUGUGUAUGUUUGUAGAUUUUAAGAAUGUUGGUGAUGUGUGAAAUAUUAAUGUGUUUCCUCCUCUUGCACAAAUGUUGGUCUUCUUGACAAAAAAAGACUAUUCAUGAUUAAGGAAAGAAAAUAAUAUGUAAAUGUAAGGUGAAUAUGUGUAAGGAUUUGUAAACGGUUUGUAGCAUGUUUAUGGUAGGUAAGUGGUGAUAGGUAAUGUUUAAGAGGUUGUUUUUUUUUUUUAAGGGUUCAAUGUGUAAUUCCGAGACACGUGUUCCAAAGAAAUAGUAUUUCACCUCUAAACUCCAUAUGAUCUCUAAUGUUUACAUUUUAGUUGUAGUAAUUUGCCAUAGUAAUUGUAUUAUAAUUUGUUCUUUAUAUUGUGUUGCAUUUACUCCUGUGUAAUGCUC